GCCGGAAAAGUGAAGUGAAUCCGCUGCUCUUUUUACAGAAGCACGUUAGCAAAGCCCUGCUCCUGACGCUGCUUCGUAAUACAAGGAAGAGCUCAGGGCGGGCGGCCGCGGGGCUGCCAUGGAACCAGGUGGCAACGUGUAUGAAGAGGCGCUGGCGAACGGCCUGGCCCUGGACGACGAAGGGAUCGAGGCCCUGAACGGGCCCGUCCUGAAUGACCCCGAGGUUCAGUUGCAGGACUUUGUGGGUGCUCAUGCUGAGUAUAAUGAAGAAGAGGAAGAACGCAAAUACUUCCGCCGGAAGCGACUUGGGGUUAUCAAAAACCUUCUGGCAGCCAGCUUAGGAGGAAUGCUGACCUAUGGCGUCUUUCUAGGCCUGUUGCAGAUGCAGCUCAUCCUGCACUAUGACGAGACCUACCGGGAGGUGAAAUACAGCAACCUGGAGCUGCAGAACAUUGACAGCAAGAUGCUGAUGGGCAUCAAUGUCACACCUAUUGCUGCACUGUUCUACACCCCAAUUCUCAUCAGAUUCUUUGGUACCAAGUGGAUGCUGUUCUUGGCGGUGGGCAUUUACGCGCUGUUUGUCUCCACCAACUACUGGGAGCGCUACUACACCUUGGUGCCUUCGGCUGUGGCUAUUGGGGCUGCCAUUGUACCACUGUGGGCCUCCAUGGGCAACUAUGUCACCCGGAUGGCGCAGAAGUACUACGAAUAUGCCAACUAUAAGGCAGAGCAUGUCCAGCAGCAGAAACGGGCCCCACAUGGUUCCUACAACGCCUACAUCAUUGGCUUCCAGGCAGUCUUCUAUAGCUUCUUUUAUCUGAGCUUCAUCUGUGCCCAGUUUCCUAUGUUUUUCUUCCUGAAGGAGUAUCUUUAUGAUUUGAACCAUACCCUGUUCCAUGUGCAACACUGCGGCACCAGCAGCCAUGGGAUCCUCACCGGGUUCAACACGACGGUUCUACAGAAGCUGCCGCGCAGCAGUGAGCUCAUCAUGGUGGAGAGCGUGCUCAUGGGAGUGGCCUUCCUCUCCAUGCUUCUGGUGUUGAUUCUGUGUGGCUCAGCCUACCGCCCCACGGAAGAGAUUGAUUUACGCAGCAUUGGCUGGGGCAGCAUCUUCCAGCUGCCAUUCAAGCACAUGAGAGACUACCGUCUGCGUCACCUCAUCCUCUUCUUUAUCUACAGUGGCUUUGAAGUGGUCUUCCUCUGCACCGGCUUUACCUUGAACUAUGGCGUCUGCUCCAUCGGCCUGGAACACAUGGCUUAUAUCCUCACCUCUUAUGGACUCUCCUCGGCGCUCUGCUCCAUACUCGUGCUUUUGAUGCUGUGUCUGCCUCGCCAGGUUCCCCUGCUUGCUGGAGCUUCUGUCCAUGCCAUCCUCUUGAUUGCCCUCUUCUGCUGGGAGCCCCAUGCCCAUGACUUAGCAGAAGCAUCCUUUCUGUACCUAGUGGCUGCCCUCUGGGGCCUGGGCAGUGCCCUCAACAAGACAGGCCUCAGUGCACUCCUGGGGAUGCUUUAUGAAGACAAGGAGAGGCAGGACUUCAUCUUCACUGUCUACCACUGGUGGCAAGCCUUGGCCAUCUUUGUGGUUUACCUGUGGUCUGAACUGCCCAUGAAGGCGAAGUUGUCUGUCCUCCUCGUUACACUGGUAGCUGCAGUAUUGUCCUACCUUUGGAUGGAACGCAAAGUAGCCCAGCUCAUCCCACAUCGCCUCCCCAAAAUUCCCAAGCCGCGCCACAAGGUGCGAGGCUACCGCUACCUGGGAGACGACGACUCUGAUGAGACUGGCUCAGAGAGGGAGGAGGAGCAAAGCAGCUCCUUGGAGGAAGAGGCAGAAGGAGAAGAAGCCGAUGACCUGGAGGGCCUGCCUCCGCAGAGGAACAGACGUGCCCACGGGCAGGCCCUAGCGGAGGAGGCUGGGGAUAAUGUGGGCUAACUCCUGCCCUGGCCCCUCUUUGUGUGCCAAGCCAAGGUGGGCAGUCUUGACGGUGCCAUGACUCUCGACUGCCACUGAUGCCAGCCUUCCUCAUCACGCAAAUCCCUUUUCAGCACUGGUCCUAUCAUGUUUCCACUUUGCCUGAGGAACACAGACUGCAUGAGCCAUCUGUUUUCCUCGCCACCCUGUAUUUAGGCACUCUUUGGCCCAUGGUCUGCCUAGGAGAGGUUCAAAGGAGCAUUCGCUGACAAAGGUUUCACAAUCUUCCGUACUUAACUUCCACUUCCUAACUGUGAGAGCUAGCAGGGACACAAGCACUUUGUACAUAGGACAAAUGGGUUGUGACAGAUGGAUACAGGGCUUUCAGAUCUAACCCUCUGGGGGUGGAAAGGAGAGGGAGGAGUGCACGGGCCUUCUCUUGUUCUUUUGAAAGAACUGGCAAUAAGGGUUCAGUGCAUUUUUAUGUUUAUUUUUGCUGUGGUUCAGCUGCUGUGGGCAGCCAAGACUGGCCCUAUUGUUGCUUCUUUUCCCUCGCAGAAGCAGGCUGCACAUACCUUCCCUUCAGCCAAGGUAGGUCCAGUUCAUUUAAUGCCCAGUGUCCCCAAUGUAGCUUUCCUCCAAUGAGUGCUGUCAGAUGAGUUGGACUCUUACCUGUCCACAUUCCCAGCCAGUGUGGCCAUGGAAAUUGUGGGCAUUGUAGUCAAAUAUAUUUGGAGGGCACAAUGUUCAGUUAGCUAGCUUCACAUAAUCAGCAAAAACAAAACCAUGUUUUCAGUUUAUGUUGGUAAAUUGUACCAGUGUUGGAGGGAGCUCAGAGGCCAUUGUUAGUAGGGCCCAGUGGCUGGGAGUGUUUGCAGAUGGACAGCUCCCAAUACUACCAUUCACUGGUUCGAUUGUGAGCUACAGGCAGAAUUGCAUCUUCCAUACUACAGGCAGUACUGAGUUUUGUCUGUGUGGGCAUCUCAUUACGGUUCAUUCACAUUAGCAGGCAUGAUGGCACUUUGUGGGCAAGGAAGAGACAGUUCAGCUAAGAAGCUAUUAAAAGAUGUCUUUUUAAAGUUAUUUGUCCUAAAGCUGUUGCUUAAAUACGAUUGCCUGUUCAGUAGCAGGACUUGUAAAGCAAUGUUCUAAAAAGUGUGUUGGGGCAAAAUGAAAAUGGUUGGGCAGAGGGUAUGUCUUGGAUAUCAGCUGUGCAGGUGAGCCUAAGGGGUGCUUCUUAAGAGAAAGCUGCUAGCAUUAUCAGUCAAAUGACUCCAUGCAGCUAUUCAGUCUUUCCCUCCUUGAUUUUUUUAAUUAGGUAAAAAGAAGUGGUUGGAAAACAUGGAAGGGUUACAAAUAGAUGCUAUCUGGACCCCCAAUAAAAUUCUGGAGUACAAUUGCACA